UAGUAGACCCACAUUCCCUCAAUACAGUCUCUUUGGUGUUCACUCUAUAUAGCUGAAUAGACAAACUUCCAAAAUGGCUCCAGAUAUCAAGAUGUAUUUCUGCAUUUGGCUUGUUCUUGCACUAACAGGCACAGGAAUUGGAUCUGCCCUGCCAGGUAAGAGCCACAGUGGAGGGAAGAACGACCCAGUGCUGCAGUAUGUCGUGAACAACUCACUGAGAGAACAUCCUGUCAUGACCAAACUCAGACUGAAAACCCUUGAGGACCCAUGGAGCAUCAUGCUGGUUGCUAGUGAACAAGCACAACUGAUGGCAAAUCUGGCCAAACUGAUCAAUGCCAGCAAAACCAUUGAAAUUGGGAUGUACACGGGGUACAACACCCUGAACAUGGCGUUGGUUGUACCAGAGAGUGGUCAAGUGGUAGCAUGUGAAAUAGACGACGAAUACGUGAACAUUGCUAAACCUUUCUUUAAAGAGGCCGGAGUCGAGGAUAAAAUUAAUGUCCGUCUUCAAAUGUGUAUAAAAACACUGGAUGAGUUGAUAGCUGCUGGGGAAGCUGGCACCUAUGACUUUGUGUUCAUCGAUGCGGACAAACGGAACUAUGACAGAUAUUACGAGAAGUCUCUUGAGCUUGUGAGACAAGGGGGCAUCAUUGCCAUCGAUAAUAGAGAGGACCUGCCCCACCUACUGAUACAGGUAUCUCUGAUCCCCCCACCUUCUCCCCCCAGGUACUCUGGAGUGGUAAAGUGGUGGACCCUGCUCCUGAUGACCUGACCUCCCAGGCUCUGGACAAGCUCAACAAGAAACUCCACACGGACCAGAGGAUCGAUCUGAGCAUGCUCACUGUGGGCGACGGACUCACCCUGGCCAUCAAACGCUAACGAUAACCCAUGCUAACUCAUACUAACCUGUGAUGACAAAUGCUUAACCCAUGCUUACUCCAAACCAACUGUGAUUUAUUGGGGAUUUAUUUGAGAUGUGGUAAACAUGAAGGGCUGGAAUAAAUAGAUGCUAUUUUCAACAAGUA